AUGGAGCUCUACCGAGUUGCCGCAAGUACGGAUACCUCAAGCCCACUGUCUCCACCUGGGCUAUCUACGCUAGCCCUACCGACCCCACAUACUUCAACGCUUGAGCUUUCUGUUUUCGGAAGCAGGAUAGAUGAUUCUAGAAAAGUCUUUACUGGUCUGAAGAAUCCACAAGAGCUACGCUCACCCAACAUCACUGCGACAACUGGCCAACGAAGUAUCACACACCUGGCCUACCAGAACUUCGAAUUACUCAACCACUACGUUUCAACAGCCUCACAAUCAUUAUCGACAAGACCCACCGUACGGGAAAUAUGGCAGAACGUCUACGUCGAAGGGAAUGCAAGACUCUGGGAAAUGAAAGCAAGAAGACAUCAAAGCCUUGCUCUAGCUACUUCCAUCCCUGCCUUUCAGCAAGUCACCCAAGAUAAUUGCGAUGCCCUCUUCGCUACCUCCGGCAUCAUUGCCAUGAUAGCGUUUACUUUACCAUGCUCCAUACCAGAGGACGUACUCUCCUCUAUUGACCACAUCACAGACUUUUUCGUCUUGUUACGUGGCAUUCACACAGUAUUACAAAGCGCGCUCGGCUGGAUUCUAGGGGGCCGACUUGGGCCAACCACGGGAUACGAUUUCGACCCGCCUAGCCAGCCGCUCGCUGACAACUUGAACACGAGGUUUGCAGACCUGAAGCGCCUCGUCGACCAACAGAACAGCAAAACAGCUCUCCAAGACACUUAA